AUGGCAAAUAUGAAGAAGUUGGCCGCCAAGUACAGGGAGGAGUUGGAAAAUGAAGAUCCAACAUUGGCGUUAUAUGGCCUCAGCGGAGAGCUGAGCGAUGGAAGUCUUGUUGGGUCGAGGAUUAGUGUCAAUGGACAGUCCCGUUCCAAGAGGCUAAGACAAGAGGAGCUGGAAAGGAUGGUAUCGUUGGUCCCCGAUGACACCAAUGAUGACGGACAGAAGCAGCGCACCUUCGUGAACUACCUCAUGGAGGACCCCUUCGAGGCCAUUAGCACUGGCGCUAGGUAUCUUGUUGCUGACCCCUAUUCACAGACUAGGUGA